CCUCUUUCUCUUUCUCCACCUUAUAUAUAAUAACAAAUCCUUUUCCAUCUCCUUCAACAAACAAAAUUCUCAAUCAUGGAAAAACCAAACAAAAUAUUGCUUCUAUUAAUCUUCGUUGCUGUUCUGUUUUUCCCUGUUGUUAUUUCUAUCGGUGUUAACUAUGGCACGUUAGGAAACAACUUACCUCCACCAUCACAAGUAGCUCAAUUCCUCAAGGACAAAACCGUCAUUGACCGUAUUAAAAUCUUUGACAUCAAUCCAGACAUCCUACGAGCAUUUGCUAACACAGGAAUCUCAGUUACUGUCACCGUCCCAAACGGUGAGAUCCCAAAUCUAAUGGACCUUGCAUAUGCAAAACGUUAUGUAGAAUCAAACAUUAAACCUUUUUAUCCACAAACAAAAAUAGAUGUCAUUCUUAUUGGAAAUGAAGUACUUCAUUGGGAUACACCUGAAGUACAAAACAAACUUGUUCCAGCUAUGAAAGUAUUUUAUCAAGCGUUGGGUGAGGUAGGAUUGAAGGGUAUUAAAGUAUCUUCACCACAUUCAUUGGGUAUUUUAUUACGGUCUAACCCGCCUAGUGCCGCCCGGUUUAGACCCGGUUGGGAUGUGGGUAUUCUUGCACCAAUGCUUAAGUUUUUGAGAGAAACUAAAGGGCCUUUUAUGGUUAACCCGUAUCCGUAUUUCGGGUAUGACCCGAAACAAGAGGAUUUUCUUCUGUUCAGGAAGAACAAAGGCGUUUACGACAGGUUUUCGAAGAGAUGGUACAAUAAUUCAUUCGAUAUGUUGUUAGACGCCGUAUAUAUGUCAAUGGUAAGACUAAAAUACCCAGAUGUGGAGAUAGUUGCUGCUGAAACAGGGUGGCCGUCAGCAGGGGAAUCAUACGAGCCACAAUGUACGGUGGAAAAUGCGGCCUCGUAUAAUGGAGGGUUGUUGAGGAAGUAUAAUUCUGGUACAGGGACACCAUUGAUGCCUAAGAGGAAGAUUGAGACGUAUAUUUUUGCAUUGUUCAAUGAGAAUACUAAACCUGGAUCAAUUGCUGAGAAGAAUUUCGGGUUGUUUAGACCCGAUUUCAGCGCGGUUUAUAAUAUUGGAGUUUUGAAAGAAGAUCAGGCUCAUCCAACACCAGCACCCGCCCCAAAAAAUGGUGGUGGCAACAAAGACAAACCGAAAUCAAAAUCACCAGUAGCAGCACCACCAGCACAGAACAAAAAAUUCUGCAUGCCAAAGGUAGAAGCAACGGACGCACAAUUGCAGUCCAACAUUAACUAUGUGUGUAGCCAAGGAGUGGAUUGCACCCCAAUUCAAGUUGGUGGUCCGUGCUUUAGUCCCAACACUAUUAGGUCUCACGCGGCGUUUGUCAUGAAUUCAUACUUCCAAAAAGAGGGCCGCAACAACUUCAACUGUGACUUUGCUGGUACUGGUGUCGUUGCCAACGCUGAUCCAAGUUAUGGCACAUGCAAAUACGACUCUUGAAUGUACGUGCAGCUGAGGAAGACUUUCAACUACUCCUACAUUUGAAGGAUUAGCAUUGACAUAUAAUCUUUAUUAUUGUGUACUUUGGUUUGGUAAAUUAAUCUAAUUUUAUUGGUAUGUAAUGUUCUUUUAUAUGGCUAUUGUAAUGCACAAUGAUGUCUAUUUAAUUUCCCUUCUCCGAUUCUUUUCAA